ACGCACUUCACAUGAUUGGUCAGUCAUCUGUAUGGUCAGAUGUUUUAUCCAGGAAAAAUAUAUAAAAUACUGCAAUUGUAUCAAAUGACUUCAUAUUAAUUGUCAUAUCACUUUUUAAUGAAGGGCUUGAACAGGAAAAUCUUUUUCAACAAGGAAAAUGACUUUCAUUUUUUUCUUUCAAUUAGUCUAUUUUUUUUAAAGUUUUUUUAUCAUUUUCUUUUGAGCGCUGACACUUAUCCGUGGUCAUAUAAUAUUAACUAAUUCCCGGAUUCUUCAAUUGUUUUUUUUUUAUUCUUGUGAUCAUAGUGUUUGUUUUACAUCUUAUGAUUAAUCACAUGCUUUAAAUGAUAUAUAUAUAUCCAAAUCUUUAUUUUUAUUCUAUGACUGAUAUUUACAUUGAUACCAUACAUUUGUCUGAAGAGUAAAAAUGUUCCUGCUAGUUGCUGGUUUACUUGUGGCAUCAACAUACAUGCAUACAGCUGAAGCAUGUUGUUGCAUGCCAGAGAAAUUUGAACUGCACGAAUAUGUGGAAGAUAUCUUUACUUGGCCAUCAGCAAGCAUACAAACGGGCUAUGCAAAUAUAUCUUUCGACUUGGAAGUGAAAAAAUCUGUAUUUUUCUUCUAUGACGUGAAAGUAAACGGAAAAGACGUACCCACACCAACAUAUCUAUUUGAUCAUUCUUCGGGAUUUUUGUACGUAUAUGAUCUCCGGUCUAAAUAUUGUAAAAAGAUACCUAUUGGGAGAAUGAACCCUGUAUGCGUACCAGCAUAUAAUUCUACAAACACCACACACCUCGGCGCAGCGAAAGAUAUGCUAUCUGUUAAGACAUAUCAGUCCACAUCUGGAAAUCAAACAACUAGUACGAUAGUAACGAAAGAGAAAUGUUAUCUCAUCAGCUCCGAACUCAAUGACUCUGAGUAUCCAACAAGUUUGAGAACACAUUUUUACGGUACGACAUUAGGGAUAAAGGAUCCGUCGGUCUUCAAAAUCCCCGCUAUUUGUAAGAAGAUCUUUUGGAAUACACAGGAAUUACCACAGGCUCACGGUCGUGGAUUUCAUCCAUUCUACUUAUAGAAAAAAACGAAACGGUUAAAGACGGUACAGAUUGGGUGUCAAAAAAUGAUAAAAAAAUUGUUAAAAUUCAUCUUUCAAUUAUAAAAUGUAGUAGCAUUGUGCAUCUAUUUUACUAUAUAAUUUUAUAUUUUCUCUGCCGAGUUUCCAAUGAAUUAAAUAUUUCUAUCUUUGUCCCUAUCAAAUUUGUUUCAAUCAAAUUGCAUAAAAUUUCAUACCAUUUUCAACGUCGUCUUGUUAGCAAUAUUUUAAACGUUCACAGCGAAUGACUAAAUACAGGUACAUGUAUGAAUCACAGCAAUGUCUUUUUAAAUUAUUUUGAAACCAAACGUUAACGCAUAGGAUAGAACAAGUAUUUUAUCAAAGGCAUCUGCGCUUUGAUCUUUUAAAUCAUUUCAAUAGAUUUUCAAAACAUAUUUUAUUAAUUUAGUUAUCGCCUCCUUAUUACUUUAAUUCAUAUUAAUACUGUGUUUCUGCUUGCUUUGAAUAUUGUGUCUAACUGACUAAGUAUAUUAUAAUAAACGCAUUUGUAAACAAA